AGCAAACUAAGUGUUUUCAGAACAAGGGUACGGCACACGAAAAUAACUACUACUUUGAACCUCAAAUACUUGUAUUUGUUUGUUCCUGUUGAGCGGGACCCAAGGAACCGUUGAGGUUAUCGAAUAGAAACUGUACUGUAAAUUAAGCAGGGUGGCUUGCAAGGACAUCUAUUGUGUACUUUCGAUGGACCUCUGACUUCACUGUGCCACAUUCAAAGACUCAACAUAAAUUCCAGCGACACUGACCAUGAGGGCGGAGAGUUUAUUAUUGGCAUUGCAAUGCCUGUUGGGAUUUGUGCACUAUAGCAGAGCAUUGUCAACAUGCAGUCCUUUAGACUUAGAACUAAUAAAGAGAAAGCGCAUCGAAGCCAUUCGAGGACAGAUUCUCAGCAAGCUACGACUGUCUAAGGAACCAGAAGUAGAUGAGGAAAAGGUGAUAGACAACAUCCCAGCAGAGCUCAUCUCGGUGUACAACAGCACCGUGGAGCUAAAUGAGGAGCAGGCGGCGACUCCUGUACACCAACCUAUAGAAGAUCCUAUGGAGGAGGAAUACUACGCUAAGGAAGUUCACAAGUUCACCAUGAAACCGAUGGUGGAAAGCCCGGACAAGCUCUUAUGGUUCAACAUCACAGAUAUAAGACACAAAUUGGGUUUAAACCACACAAUCUCCCAGGUGGAGCUCCGUCUGCAUAUCUGGGAUGCUUCAAUGGCUCCUGAUUCAGAGCAGAGACUGGAGCUAUAUCAGGUCACUGGGAACAAAUCACGCUACUUGGAAUCACGUUUCAUUUCCAGACUAAUGAUUGGCAAGUGGCUGUCGUUUGAUGUCACACAGACCUUGAAGGACUGGCUGCAGAGGAAUGAGGCAGAGCAAGGAUUUCAACUGAAGAUGGCUGAUAACUGUGAGCCUCAGAAGCAGUUUCCAAUUAGAAUAAAAGGUUUGUCUCGUACAAGAGGUGAUAAAGCCCCCUUAGUAGAAAAUGUGCCUAGGCCUCACAUUUUGGUAAUGUCACUUCCUCUUGAUGGCCACAGCUCAUCAAAAUCUCGCAGAAAACGUCAAACGGAAACAGAUCAAGUUUGUACCGAUAAGUCUGCGGGCUGCUGUGUGAGGAGUCUAUACAUUGACUUCCGCAAAGACCUGGGCUGGAAGUGGAUACAUGAACCUUCUGGUUAUUAUGCCAACUAUUGCACUGGCUCUUGCUCUUUCGUCUGGACUUCAGAAAAUAAGUACUCACAGGUUCUUGCGCUGUAUAGGCAUCACAAUCCUGGUGCAUCUGCUCAACCCUGCUGUGUACCGCAGGUUCUAGACCCACUGCCCAUCCUUUACUAUGUGGGCCGCCAACAUAAGGUAGAACAGCUGUCAAAUAUGAUUGUGAAGACCUGCAAGUGUUGCUAAAAGCUCUGUCACCGUUUGGUCCUGAUGAGCAAAAUCAAGAGAGGAACAUCUUGAGGCAAUUGUAACCCAGUAUUUUUUGAGGGGACUCUUUUAUUCCUUUUUUUGGUCAACUUGUCCUUUUCAUUUUAUUUGACUCCACUGAUACCACACUUAGAUGUAUUGAUUGUUUUAUACUGUUGUACGUUUAUCUUGUGAAUAACACUCUACAUGUGCUGUACUUGUUGUCAUAAAAGUGGUCAUAUUCAUUGUUUGAUAUAAAG